UGUUUUGUUGUAUGCCUUUACUUCAUGUAUUGCUGGCUAUGUAUCUGCAAAAAUGUACAAGCAAAUGGGAGAAGAUAAAUGGGUAUCUAACGUACACCUAACCUGUUGUGUUUUUGCAGUUCCAUUCUUUAUUAUCUGGAGUGUACAAAACAGCAUAGCCUGGGCUUACAACUCCACACAGGCUUUACCUUAUACAACCAUCAUUCUUCUGUUAGCAAUAUGGGUUUUUGUUGGUUAUCCUCUCACGGUGUUAGGAGCAAUAUUUGGAAAAAAUUUGUCUGGUUCUUUUGAUGCUCCUUGUCGAACGAAAAAUUUUCCCCGAGAGAUUCCCUCUACAUCCUGGUACCGAUCGGCUAUUUCACAUUGUGCUGUUGGAGGAUUUUUACCCUUCAGUGCCGUAUCAGUGGAGCUGUAUUACAUCUUUGCUACUGUUUGGGGCCGAGAACCAUACACCUUGUAUGGGGUCUUGUUCGUCGUGUCCAUUAUCUUAAUCAGUGUGACGGGCUGCAUCUCUAUUGCCCUGACCUACUUCCAGCUGUCAGCAGAGGAUUAUCGCUGGUGGUGGCGUUCAGUCUGCUCUGCUGGGUCCACGGCUGUAUUUGUUUUUGUAUACGCCAUGUUCUACUACUUUCGUAGAUCCAACAUGGACGGAACGCUACAGGCUGUCCAGUUUUUCGGCAACACACUUCUAAUCUGUUACGUGUUCUUUCUAGCCCUGGGAACUGUGUCCUUCUUUGCUUCAUUACAGUUUGUGCAUUAUAUCUACAAGAAUAUCAAGAUGGAUUAGUAACGGAUUUUAUCACAUCAACACUUACCCAACAAAUAAAUUGGAUUGCCAGCACAUAUUGAUCGUUUCUUAAAUUAUUGCAUCUUUCCGUGUAAUGUUUUGCUAUUUCCCACCCACACACACACACUCCUUCUCACCUGUGUUUUUUGCUUGCUUUUAUUUUUAUUUAAAAGGUUAGGUUGUUGUGGCAGGUCAAUUAAGUCCCAGCAGAAGAACAUGGUGUAAUGUGCAAUCUGUUUCAAGCACCUGGUCCGACAACUGUGAUAGCGUUCUUUAUAUUGAUCCUCAGUCCUUACUUAAUCAGUAACUCUGCAAAACGUAAUCUUUGAAUGAUUUUAACAGUGUAAUUAUAUCAUACACAAACUCACACACAUGUGCCCGAGAGCGUUUGUAUAUGGUGUACAGUAUCUCCAUUUCGAUUCUACUAGUAAACAGAUAUCUGUAAGUUUUAUGUGUAUAAACUGCUAAUCAUUAAGAAAAAUGCUGUCGUAAUAUUUUCCAAAUCCUAAAUGUAAAAGUCCAUUCCAAAUUUCUGAUAAGGGUGUUUUCCUGUAUAUAGGAAAACCUGAGUUUUUGUGUAUGUGUAUUACGUGUAUACACAAAUCAUAUUCCAAGUAUCUGAUAAGGCUGUAAACUUACACCUGUGUGUGUAUGUGUAUGAUGUACAUACAUCUACAAGUACCAAAAUGUAGAUUACUAACAUAAAAGGUUAAUACAUUGUACUUUUUAAGUUGAAUGUUUUGUUUGUACAGAGUUUGAACAGUAUUGAGUGUAUUUUGUGAACAAUGAUUGGAACUGUGUCAAGUGUGUUUUUUGGACAGGAAUUGGAACAGUGUCAAAUGUGUUUAGUAAACAGGGUUUGGAAUAGUGUCAAAUGUGUUUAGUAAACAGGGUUUGGAACAGUGUCGAGUGUGUUCUAUGAACAGGGUUUGGAACAGUAUCGAGUGUGUUUUGUGAACAGGGUUUGGAACAGUGUCGAGUGUGUUUUGUGAACAGGGUUUGGAACAGUGUCGAGUGGGUUUUGUGAAGAGGGAUUGCAACAGUAUCGAGUGUGUUUAGUGAAUAAGGUUUGGAACAUUGUCAAUUGUGUUUUGUGAACAGGGAUUGCAACAUUGUCGAGUGUGUUUUGUGAACAGGGAUUGCAACAGUAUCGAAUGUGUUUAGUGAACAAGGUUUGGAACAUUGUCGAGUGUGUUUUGUGAACAGGGAUUGCAACAGUGUCGAGUGUGUUUAGUGAACAGUGGUUGGAACAUCGUUGAACAUGUAAGAAAAAGGUAAAAAGACUAAAACUGAAUAAUAAGAGUAUAAUAUAAGCAUUUAUUGACACCAUGUUGCUUUAGAAGUGUAAAAUAAACUUUGUUAAUGAUGUAUUA